CGAGCAUUUGAUUGCGCCGCCCGCUCCCAUGCACGAAACAGGCGAUGAUUUGCGCAGCGUGCUAUGGGCAUGCUGACAUUGUCUACUUUUUGCACAAGUACCGAACCGAAGGCUGUACUUCAGAAGCAAUCGACUACGCCGCCGAACACGGCCAUUUGGACAUCAUCCGGUUCCUCCACACCCACCGCAGAGAAGGAUGCACGUACGCGGCGAUGAAUGUGGCUGCGAAGAACGGCCACCUCGACGUUGUGGACUUUCUCCACCGAAAUCGCGCCGAAGGUUGCUCGGAAGAUGCCAUGGACUUUGCAGCCCUCAACAACCACAUGGAUGUUCUCGAAUACCUCCACACUGAGCGCACAGAAGGCUGCACUAUCUACGCGAUGAACAAUGCCGCUGCGCGUGGACACAUCGAUGCCGUUCGUUUUCUCGACAAGCAUCGAACCGAGGGGUGUACGACGUACGCCAUGGAUGCCGCUGCCAAGAAUGGCCACCUCAAUGUUGUCGAGUACCUUCACACCCAUCGUACCGAGGGAUGCACGUCCAAGGCUCUAGAAGACGCCACGCGGCACGGACAUUUGGACAUCGUCAAGUUCCUCGUUGCCCAUCGCAAGGAAGGCGACGUCAAGCAUUGCAAGAGCAUCGCGGAGCAGCUUGGCCAAUAUGCCAUCCUCAAGUUUUUGUGCACGGUGGACGCCUCAGUUUAGUUUUAUACUUUGCUCAUCGCUUCGUGGUCAAUGUAUUUACACUGUGAAGGAACUUAAAGGACCGUAUUUGAAAAGCAUUUUAAAAUAUUGAAACGAAUUCCACCGCUGGGG